AUCCAUUGAACGACUCAAGAUGAAAUUCCUACUCAGCUGUGUCUUCCUGCUAGCUUUGGCCGCUGCGUGCCAAGCCUUCAGUUCUAGCUGGGGUGUUAGAAACAGUUCCGAUCUUUUGCUAUCAAGCCAAAGGGAGGUGCGCGCUCCUAUUAAGAACAACUAUUGGAGCAUCAAUAUAGACUUCCCACGAGCGGGCACCACAAAUGUGCGCAAUAUUUCGGCUGUCUAUGUUUACGACAACUUCAGAAAUAGCUCCGGCGCCACGCCCAGUCUGUGGUCUGGUGGCCCAGGAUAUCGUUUCGCGCAGGUUAACCUACGCAGUCAGGUCAACCGUGGCGUGGACUCAACCGUCGAGAUCUGGGGACGUUAAUUUUAAAGUGCAAGAAUAGAGUGUAAAAGAAAUUGACAGCAGCUUAAGCGGCUUGGUGUUAAAAUCAAAUAUAAAUAAAAUGCCGCUUAAUUGACA